CCGCCCCUCAUCCUCCAGCUGAGGAGAAAAUGGCCGCCACGGCGAUGGACGGCGCUGCGGUUGAUUCGCGGCUCACCGAGUCGAAAAAGUACGAGUAUUUCAGCUCCAUCAACUCCAUGGCGAGGAAGAUAAUGCAGGAACGAGAGAAGAUUAAGGAGAAGUACGGCUCGGCGUGGGAGGACAUGUCUCCGGCCGAGCAGGACACGGCUAUCGACGACGGCAUGAUGGAGCCCAGGAUCCGCGCGCGCUACGCUAUGCACCGGAUGGACCGUGAAGAAGCCGUGUGUUAUCCCAAAAUGCUGAUCCAGACCGGCCAGAAAAUCGUCCAUUUCGGAGAGGAGGAUCUAACUUGGCAGGAUGAACAUUCUGCGCCCUUUUCUUGGGAGACCAAAAGUCAGCUGGAAUUCAGUGUGAUCACCGGCCCUCAGGAGCCCAUCUCGUCUCAGGUGUCCGAAUCCAAACCCAGAACAUCUCAAAGCAGCAAGCUGCCUGGGAUCGAGGGCUCGGGAUCGGUGCGGCGUGACGAGGAGUCAUCUUUCUGGAAGCUAAGCGCCGAGAGGUCACGCCUGGAGGGCGAGAAGGCGGAUUUCCAGUCAUUCACGCCCAGCCAGAUAAAGUCUCUGGAGAAAGGUGAGAAGCCGCUGCCUUCGUACCUGAGGUCCGACUCUGGAUCCAAGGAAGCGCAGGAACCUGCGGCACCGCGUCCUGUCAAACCGAGAGUGUCGAAACCGCCGGCUCCUCCUCCUCCUGCCCCGAUCAGCUUGACUCAGACACCUCUGAGUGUUACGGCACCCGCUGCACCGCAAGGAGGCUGGGAGAGAGCUCAGAGCACGCUCCCGGCCGUCAGCAGCGCACUCGAGGAUGAUGUGUUCAGUCCCGGCUUGGGCACCAAAACGCCGUCGGAGCCGACGAAAGACAAAGAGAAGGACGAUAACGUGACAGCUGGAAGUCCCACCUUUUCACAAUACAAUACGAGCAGCGCCAUCCUGAAGACUGGCUUCGACUUCUUGGACAACUGGUAACAUCUGGACCGGACGUGACCUCAAGCAUCUGGAUGACCAUCCUUCCUCCAUCACACACAAACAACAACAACAAUGCCGUUCUAGAUAAACCCACAUCUUUCAUAAAGCUACAAUUAGUAUAUCCUAGAGCUGAACUGCUGCAUGCAAACUAAUCAGUGUUGCUCUAUUUUAAGGAACAAAGACACAUUCGGUGCCCGAAGUUUGCUUUCGCUUUCAUAUGGAAGCGUAUAGCGACCAGAUUAUCACAAAUCCUAUGGAAUCAAUUUUGUGCCAAAAUGUUCAUACAAUACUUUUGAAAUAUCAAACAAAAACGG